AUGACUGCCGUUGCCAACCCUCCGGCUUUUCCUCAGUUAUCACGGCCAGCAUGGGGUUCUAUUGACGGGCACAGUUCAACCAACCCUGACGAAGGCAGAGGCAUGUUUGCGCCGCGUAAAACCCUUUCGCGAACCAAUUCCUCCUCCUCGGUCUCCUCCACCUCGUCCAACUCGUCGACUUCUACCGCCCUCACCACUAGCUCACAAUCAAAUGGCACUGCUGCAUCAAGCAACUCUGAUAUAAGCCAAUGGUCAGCCGGCGCCGCCACCCGCAAGAGACCACCGCCGAAAAAUCUGGCUUGGGCUGCAGGCAAGGGCGACGCACAGCCUGAAUUUUCAAGAUUCGCUGCCGGGCGUCCCAACGGCAUGCCUGUCGCGCAUGGUCCGAAUCAGGGGCAGCUUAUGAACCAGCAGGGCAUGAUGGGUCGCCCAGGCGAGCAACUGCCGCCUGGGCAACCCGUGCUCUUCCUCCUAUCACUCAACGGCACGUUUGAGAGAAAAACAAUCGCUGUGCCUUUUGCCCCCGAUAGUCUGCGCAUCGGGCGUCAAACGAACCAGAAAACCAUUCCCACCGCAACCAACGGCUUUUUCGACAGUAAAGUGCUAUCGAGACAGCAUGCUGAGAUAUUCGCGGAGCGAAAUGGCAAGAUCUACAUUCGAGAUGUCAAGUCAUCAAACGGCACGUUUGUCAACGGCUCGCGGUUGUCACAAGAGAACCGGGAGUCUGACCCCCACGAGUUGCAAACUGGUGAUCACCUCGAACUUGGUAUCGAUAUUGUGAGCGAGGAUCAAAAGACGAUCGUGCAUCACAAAGUUGCUGCCAAGGUUGAACAUGCCGGCUUUAUGAGCCCUUCAAGCAAUGUGUUAGACAUGAGCUUUGGGGAUCUGGACCCAGCGAACAGCAACAUGAUGUCUAAUGGGGCCAUGGCAAUGCGUGGGCGAGCCGGUAGCAACGCCAGCAAUGGCCGCAUGGUGCCGGCCGGUGCUCCGAUGAACGGACAAGGUGCUCAACAACGCCCUUUUUUCCUUUCACCCAUUGCAACUGAUCAAAUACUUAAGCGGCUCAUGAACGAGAUGCGAAGCGCUCGUCUCCAGGCCCAAGACUUGGGUCGAACGAAUCAGUUUGUCUCAACCUUAUUGUCAAAGAACGACGUCAAAGAUUUGGAGAAGUCCGAGAUCCAAGAGCAAUCGUUGCCGCAGCACGUAGUAAAUGGCAACGGCAUUCCGUAUCGACCUGAUGGCAAAGCCCGCUUUUCAGAGCCUCCGGCUCCUCCCCCUCAACAACCGUUACCCGAGAAACCAGAUGUACCUUCUCUGAAGCGCGGAUCAAUCGAACGUCCCAAAUCAGUACCACAAAAUGCAUCUCCAAUACGCCAAGACAAUUCCAGCCAAAUCCUGCAACUGACAGAGGCCUUGAAAAAUGCCAAGCGAGAUAUUGAUACCCAAACCGCUCGCAUGCGAGAGCUUGAGCAAAUGCUGCAAGAAGAGCGGGUCGCUCGCGAAGAGGCGGAGGAGCUCGCGAAGCGAUUAGAAGAGUCUGCCAGCAAUCAGGUGAAUGGUGUUGCCAUUGCCCCUUCAGUGGAGCCCGCCCUCGAGACGAAUGACGAAUCUGAGCAACCCUCUAAGAACAUCGAGCAACAUGAGGAUGAGAGUGGCGAGGAUCGCGACGCAGCGGCAGCAGAAGACAAUGCGGCCAAGGAAAUUGCUAUUUCUCUCCAGUCGCGAAUUGAUGCCAUGGAUGUUCAGAUGCUCGAACUCAAGGAGCAGUUGGAGCAUUGGAAGCAACGAUGCGAAGUUGCGGAAUCAGAACGAGACGCAGAUCGUAAGACACUGGCCGAGAUGGUCGUUCAACUUCGUGCAGAGGAGGCUAGGCAUGUGGCGAAUCAAAAAGAAAAGAGAUCGAGAUCCCGAAGACGGGCUAUUAAUAAUGAGAACGAGGCCGCCACUGCCAGUGCUGACCCAUCAGCUGCUGGUGAUGACUCCAGCAUUGUUCAAGCAGACGGUUCCGGGUCAAACAUUGACACAAGCGAUGAGCCAACGUUGUCGCGAGCGAACACGAUAACAGCCCUUCAUCCUCAUGAUGUAUCCCGCGGAACACAGUCACUACAAGUUGGGCUGCCCUAUGCUUCCGCUGUGGGCGUGGUGCUUCUAGGCAUGGGGCUCAUGGCGUUCCUAAACGGGUGGCAGGCGCCUUCUCCUCGGAUAGAGCAGUAA